AUGGCCACCUCCUCCAAAAUCUAUCUGACCCCCGAGAAUGGGGGUGUCUUCAGUACCUCCGGCCUGAGCUGGGCAUCGGCUCGCAAAGUCAGUGAGGUUCUCCAACACGACAUGGAAAAUCACCAUAUUUAUCUUAACAAUAUCGAAUUCCAUGAUCAUAUUGUGCAUUUUAUGCUCACUAUCUGGGCUCUUGGGGCCUCACCUGAAACCAUUCAGCUGCAAUAUGAGCGCGAAGAUAAACGUCAGCGGCCCGCGUUCCCUCCGAAUAAGACACUGAUCGAAGCUCUUCAUGACAAAAAGGCAUUCAUAAAGCAAAUGUAUCGAGAAGAAAAUUAUUCGAGCUUCCUUGCCUUCUUCCAGCAGGAAAUUGACAAGAAGGGCAUCCCAAUGGUUCUGAAUGAGUACCUUUUCAGCGGUGACGAGCUAGCCGAAUCUCUCCUCUCUCGGAUGUUUGCAGGACUUGUUCACCCUAUCAUUCAUCUUGGGUUUGGGCUUGAGUUCCAGCAGCCUGCCAUUGUUGCUCAGGCUCUGGCACAGGCUUCAGUUCACAAGGAUUACCUUGCAGACUGUUUCUUCAACCCAACCGCAAAUGCCUCUAUCACAAAUUUCAAGAAGUACAAGCCAUUGAUGGAAAUCAUGGAGGAGAUGCGUGCAGAGGAAAAAGUCAGAAACGCUUCCGCCCACGGAGACACGGAUGUAUUUGAGGACGGCAUGCUAAAGCGGGCUGGUACGGAUGUGAUCAGAUAUUGCAGUCAGUGGGUAGUAUCCGAAGAUCAAAUUCAUGAGAAAUUUGUGGAAAUGAUCAACACUGCCAUUUACUGGACUGCGACGGCACAGAAUCCGAGAAAGGAACUGAAACUCGAUUUCUUUUACAUCCAUGCGGUGAAUCUCUCUAUCUUUUUCAAGGUCUUCAUGGACCUACCAUACCUGAGUGCGUCAAAUAAAGCGCGUCUUCUGGAGAUGAAAGGCCGUAUGGACCUACUGAUCUGGGCGUCUCGACACAUGCCAGAGCCACAACCCGACGAUAUUUUGGAUUAUCCUAUACAUUUAGGCUGGCCAGAAGUGUUUGCUAAAUGUUACCUUCAUCCCUCUGAUGACGGUCAUUUGGCUAAAUUUGUUCGCACUGUUGCAUUUGCCGAGGAGAUUUGUCGCCCUUAUGAGGCGGGGAAUAAAAAACAUCUCCCUGUCUCUGGUGAUAUGUGGCUAAAGAUUGGAAAUUUAGCUGUGGACAGGGCGGGUACAAUAUUCCGUGAUAUUUGGGUGCGUGGAACUGGGUUUCCUGAACCUUGGGCAAAGUUCGGGCCUAGAAAAUAG